GGUGUAAAUUUGAAGGACUUGCUUGAAGAGAGCCAGUGACUGUCGCUACCUGGAUUUUCCCUAACACAAAUUCCCAAAGCCUCCUCACUUUCCGGCCAUGGCGGCCACUGUCGGAGCCGGCGGAGUUAGCAUGGGGACGGCCAAGCUCCGUCCUCACCAGUCAAAACCCACCUCCCCGUUUCUCGGCAAAAAACUCAAAAUCAGACCUACCUUGGAAUGCCAGCAACGCAGUUCGAGAAUCACAAUCUUAAACCCCAAAACGCUUCUGGUUUUCGCGUCUGGCGGCGGCGAGUUGAUCCACGCCGUCAACGACCUGUUUCUGGGGGUGGGAGUGGGGCUGCCGUGCACGGUGAUGGAGUGCGGCGACAUCAUAUACAGAAGCACUCUUCCCAAAUCCGAUGGCUUGACGCUCACGGCCCCGGGUGCUGUUCUGGCUCUGGGCGCCCUGUCGUAUCUCUGGGCCACCCCCGGCGUGGCUCCGGGGUUCUUUGACAUGUUUGUGCUUGCUUUUAUUGAGAGGCUCUUCAGACCCACUUACAAAAAGGAUGAUUUUGUUUUGGGGAAAAAGUUGGGAGAAGGUGCUUUUGGAGUUGUUUACAAAGUUUCAUUGGCUAACAAGAAGUCUUCUUCCAAGAAAGAAGGCGACUUGGUGUUGAAAAAGGCUACUGAAUACGGCGCGGUAGAGAUUUGGAUGAACGAGCGUGUGCGAAGGGCGUGUGCGAACAGCUGUGCUGAUUUUUUGUACGGCUUUCUUGAGAGUUCUUCUGCAAAGAAAGGACCUGAAUAUUGGCUUAUAUGGCGGUUUGAAGGGGAGGCCACUCUUUAUGAUUUGAUGCAAAGUAAAGAGUUUCCGUACAAUGUAGAAACAAUGAUUCUUGGAAAGGUUCAGGACUUGCCGAAGGGUUUGGAAAGGGAAAACAGAAUCAUACAAACGAUAAUGAGACAGCUCUUAUUCGCACUGGAUGGUCUUCAUUCAACUGGGAUUGUGCAUAGAGACAUAAAGCCACAGAAUGUUAUUUUCUCUGAAGGCUCUCGUAUAUUCAAGAUCAUUGAUCUUGGAGCUGCAGCAGACUUGCGAGUCGGCAUCAACUACAUCCCAAAGGAGUUUCUUUUGGAUCCAAGAUAUGCUGCACCAGAGCAAUACAUCAUGAGCACACAAACGCCAUCUGCACCUUCUGCUCCUGUGGCAACAGCACUUUCCCCAGUUCUCUGGCAGAUGAAUUUACCGGAUAGAUUUGAUAUCUACAGUGCCGGUCUCAUAUUCCUACAAAUGGCCUUCCCAUCAUUACGCAGUGACAACAGCCUAAUACAAUUCAACCGUCAGCUAAAAAGGUGCGAUUAUGACUUGGUUGCAUGGAGAAAAGCCGCCGAGCCCCGAGCUAGUGCUGAUCUACGAAGAGGUUUUGAGUUGUUGGAUUUGGAUGGUGGCAUUGGAUGGGAGCUCCUGACGUCAAUGGUUCGGUACAAAGCGAGACAAAGAAUCAGUGCGAAGACAGCCUUAGCGUAUCCCUACUUUGACAAGGAAGGACUGUUGGCUCUGUCCUUGAUGCAGAACCUGAGGUUGCAAGUGUUUCGAUAUACACAACAAGAUUAUGGGGAGGCUGCCAAAUGGAUUAUUAGGCUAAUGGCACGAUCAGGAACCACGCAGGAUGGUGGCUUCACAGAAGCUGAGCUCCAGGACAUUAAAGAAUUGGAUCCUACUAGUAAGAAGAAGGCAAGUGCACUGGGAAGGAAUGCUUUGGCUUCAGCUCUUCGGCUGCAGAGGAAGAUUGUGAAGACGUUGAACGAGAGCAUGGAUGAGAUCAACAGCCGUCGGAAGAGUCUCUGGUGGAGCAGGUGGAUCCCAAGAGGGGAUUGAUUCAAGUUUGUGAAAAAGAAUAUACCUUUUUUCCUUUUCUGUAAAUUGUGUGUAGUAAUCUGAAUUGACCAACUUUGGUGAUAUAGAAUUAUGUUUAAACAUGAAAGGAUUAGCUGGAAUCUAAUACAAACAUAUCUGUACCUUGAACCAAACUGCAUUACCAAAUAUUUAUACUUUGAACA